AUGCAAGUCACUAAAACCAGAUUCUUUGUUCCUGAAGAAGAAACAAAUAACACAGAUCAAGAAUCACAACCAGUACCAACUAGCGAAGGUUCAUUAUUUGUACCAGAUGAAGAUGAUAAUCUGGAUGAUGAUGAAAACUAUGAUAGUCAAAAGAAGAUGCGAAAAUCUGAAACACGUCCUAUUAAUAAAAGCAUUUCAUUAAAAAAAUUUGAAAGUGACAUCAAAUCAAUAGUUGGAGACAUAUCACCAGUAAUUUUAAGAUAUUUAUAUGAUAGAUUUUCCUCGAGUCAAGAAAGUGUGAGAAGAGCGGUUGACGAAUUAUUCACGAAUCCACCAGAUUUGGAUAAAUUGACGCGUCAUCAUAAUGAAAGUAAAUCACAAUCAACUACCACACAAAGAAAUUCUUCCCAAUCAUCAAAAACCAUUUCAACUUUGAAAAGAUCAAAUUCAGAUGACUUAAAAGAAUUGAAUAAAAGAUUGCAUUUAGCAUCAGAAGCAAUGAAAGAAGAGAUGAAGGCAAAUUCAUGGAGUAGAUAUAUUGGAACUUUAGAUGUUCAGGCAUGGGCGACAAGACCAACUAUGAAACCACUACAAUAUCAGGAAAAACUCACGGUAAAAAGAUUAAUUCCAAGAAACUCUACCAUGCAAAAAAGUUCAAUUAUUAGAUUAUGUUUGAAUGAUAGGGAAAUUGGUAGAUUACCUGAAGAUUUAACUAGAAUAUUCAGUCCAUUAAUCGAUUUGAAUAUUGCUGAAUUUCAAGUUAUUGUCCUAGAAACUACAAAGAGAAGAUUGUCAACUGGUGAUUCAUUUGUCGUUCAGAUUGAAAUAUAUUUAAAAGAUACAGGAUUUGUUAAAAACAUUGACUCCAUAGCAAACCCUGACUUGAAAAAAGCAGGAGCUAACUUUAAUUUUGCUACUGAAAGUGAAGGUGAAGCAGCAUUGAGACUUCGUCAAUUUGCAAUAUCCAAUCUUUUUGAUAGGUUAAAGUUGAGACCAUUGAAACUAAGUAAUGAUCAAAAAAUAGAUGAUGAUAAUGUCCUAAAUGAUGCUAUUAAUGAAAAUGAUGUUCAAAUUGUAGAUGAUGAUGCAGAAUCCGAAUCCGAAGAACCAGUGGAUGAAGUCAAUUUAGACCAAUUACGUCAAUUUUAUCAAGCUAAUAAUCAAUCAAAAUUGUUGGAAUCUUUACCGGAAACUACAAAACCACCAGAAACAAAUUUCAAAUUAGAUUUGAGAGAGUAUCAAAAGCAUGGAUUGUCUUGGAUGUUAGCCAGAGAGAAAGAAGUCGACGUUUUGAAACAAUGUUCAGGAGAAGAUCAAUUAUCUGCUGAAACUCAAAAAGGUAUUGAGGAAACUGGUGUUAUGAAUCCCCUUUGGAGGAAAUAUAAAUGGCCGAUAAUGGGUGUAAAUCAAGAAGAUAUUCAACAAACUCAAAUUGCACCAACUCAAGGUCAAUCUGAUAAUUACUUUUAUGCUAAUUUAUAUAAUGGAGAAUUAUCAACUCAAGAACCAAUUAUAAAAACAAGUGUGAAAGGGGGAAUAUUGGCAGAUGAAAUGGGUCUUGGUAAAACAAUUGCAACAUUAGCGUUAAUUAAUUCAGUUCCAUAUGAUACAAAUAUAGAUAACAAUAAAAAAAGAUAUGCAUCAAAGACAACAUUAAUCGUUGUACCCAUGUCCUUAUUAUCUCAAUGGAAAGAUGAGUUUGAAAAAGCUAAUAAUAAUACUCAACACGUUUGCCGUUUGUAUUAUGGUGAUCAAACUGAAUCCGAUCUUUCAAGAACGUUAUGUAAUUUGGAUGAAACAUCAAAGAUACCAAUCGUGGUAAUUACUACAUAUGGAACAGUACUUAAUGAAUAUACAAGAAUUUCAAAGCAUAGAAAUCAAAAGGGAGAAUUACCAAAACAAGGAUUGUAUUCAGUCAAAUAUUUUAGGAUCAUAUUAGAUGAAGGUCAUAAUAUCAGAAAUAGAAACACCAAAACAGCAAAAUCAGUUUAUGAAUUAGAGGCUAAUAGAAAAUGGGUUUUAACAGGAACACCAAUAGUCAAUAGAUUAGAUGAUUUAUAUUCUUUAGCAAAAUAUUUAGAGCUUGACCCAUGGAAUAAUUUUUCAUAUUGGAAAACUUUUGUUACGUUACCAUUUGAACAAAAGAAAAUAUCACAGACAUUAGAUGUAAUCAAAUCAAUUUUAGAACCAAUAUUUUUAAGAAGAACUAAAAAUCAAAAGAAAAAUGGUAAACCAUUAGUUCAAUUACCUGAGAAAGAAGUUGUAAUUGAAGAAAUUAAAUUCAAUGAUCAAGAAGCAAAAUUAUAUCAAUGGUUCAAAUCAAAAGCUUAUGAAUCUUUUUCUGAAGGUGUUAAGUCAGGUCAAUUGUUACGUCAGUAUACUCAAAUUUUAACACAUAUUUUAAGAUUAAGACAAGUUUGUUGUCAUGUUGAUUUGAUUGGUGGUGCUCAUGAAAUGGAUGAUGAUGUAAUUGAUCUUGAAACAGAUGAAGAAAUGAAAAAAUUUUUAAAAUCAGUUAAAGAACAAAGUAAACAAUUUCUUAAUGAUACAGAAGUUAAACAAACAAUGUAUAAACUUUAUGAUGUUAUUAAAGAAGAGAAUGAAUGUUCAAUUUGUACAACAAGUCCAAUUCCUCAAAGUGAAUUAACAAUAACACCAUGUGGUCAUACUUUUUGUAUUUCUUGUAUUUUGGAACAUCUAGAUUUUCAAAGUGAUUCAAAUAGACCGAAAUUAUGUCCAAACUGUCGUGAACCAAUUUCAAAAUACAAAUUAUUUAGAGUAAGAAAUCAAAAAGUUUUAAGUAAUGAAAUUAGAUUUCAUACACAAUCUACCACCAACAAAGAUUAUGAUUUUCAAAUAUACUUAUACGAUCCAAAUAGAACAAGUUCUAAAAUUCAAGCAUUAAUUAAACAUCUUAAUAUUUUACAAACUCAAGCACCUAAUCUGAAAGUAAUUGUAUUUUCACAAUUUGCAUCAUAUUUAGAUAUUUUAGAAGUUGAAUUAAAAUUAACAUCAAAUGAAUUUAUAGUUUAUAAAUUUGAUGGUAGAUUAAAUAUGAAUGAAAGAUCAAAAUUAUUAAAUUCAUUUAAUGAAACUUUAUCAAAUGGUAAAAUUGCUAUAUUAUUAUUAAGUUUAAAAGCUGGUGGUGUUGGAUUAAAUUUAACUACUGCUUCAAGAGCUUUCAUGAUGGAUCCUUGGUGGAGUCCAAGUAUUGAAGAUCAAGCUAUUGAUAGAAUUCAUAGAAUUGGUCAAAAUGAAACUGUUAAAGUUGUUAGAUUUAUAAUGGAAAAUAGUAUUGAAACAAAAAUGUUAAAAAUUCAAGAAAGAAAAAAACAAAUUGGAGAAGCAGUAGGAGUUGAAGAAGAAGAAAGAAGAAAAAGAAGAAUUGAAGAAAUUCAAAUAUUGUUUGAAGAGUAG